GUCAGUGAGUUGAGGAGGCCUGAAGAACCUUGACACUGAUCCCCAAGGUGCUCUGGGCAGCGACCUCUCCCUACAUACAGCAGCGCUGAAGUACGGGACAAAUCGCUUCCUUUUCAGCUCAACACGAAACGCGGCCGGCCCGGCGGCCGCCACGGGUCUCUCCCCCUCCUUCCUCCCCUUUCCCUCAUCCACCUGCUGGCCUCUGUGGAGGUUCCGCCAUAGCCACCACCAAGCAGUUAUUUUUACACAUCUGCCAGCAUCUUGUGAUUCUGACAAAUCGUCUGGAACCAAAACUGGAGCUGGUAGCUGAAGGUUUUCACCGGGAGUGAGCAAGAUGGACAGGAUCAGAAAUGAGUACAUCAAGGGGACAGCCCAGGUUGAGUGGUUCACAGAAAGUGCCUUCUGUGGAAGACAAUGAGGACCGUGAAACAGAAAUUAAUCGGUCUGACAUGAAGUGGAAAAAGUCAUGAUUCUGGUGGACCCUGGGCUGUACAUCGGCACUGCAGCUAACCUCAACGACCACCAGGAACUGGUCAGUGCGAACAUCAGUCACAUCCUGUCUGUAGAUUCUGUAGACCCCAACCCACUGUUUCCUGAUGAUAGAGCCUUUGUUAGGAAGUGGAUUGAUGUCUUAGAUGAAGAGACUUCUGACCUCCUCAGUUACAUGGACACCAGUUUCGGGUUCAUUAAAGAGGCUGUGGAUGGUGGCCGGGCUGCACUGGUUCACUGUCAGGCUGGUCGGAGUCGCAGUGCCACCAUUGUUACUGCUUAUCUAAUGAAGAGAUACAAACUGGGAUUCACUGAGGCUUAUCACAGACUAAAGAGCCUCAAACCAGAUGUACAGGUCAACAGUGGUUUUGAGGAGCAGUUGUGUCUGUACGAAGCAAUGCAGUGUGAGGUGGAUACCUCCAGUCCUCUGUACAAACAAUACAGACUAACCAAGAUCACUGAAAAAUACCCUGAGUUACAGAGGGUGCCUAGGGAGGUGUUUGCUGUUGACCCUGCCCACUCCAGCUCCUCUGAAGCAUCCUAUCGAUGCAGGAAGUGCAGUCGAACUCUAUUUCGUGGCUCCAGUAUUCUCAGUCAUUUAGUAGGAGAAGGAGCUUCGGCCUUUAGUCACAAAAAGGCCAGUAACCUUACUGGAGAGGUCCAGUGUACAUCAUACUUUAUUGAGCCAGUGCAAUGGAUGGAGCAAGCCUUACUUGGAGUGAUGGAUGGACAGCUGCUGUGUCCUAAGUGUAACUGUAAGCUGGGCUCAUUCAGCUGGUGUGGAGAUCAGUGUUCGUGCGGCCGUUGGGUCACUCCCGCCUUCCAGUUGCACCACAACAGAGUGGAUGAGAUCCGGCAGCUGAACAUAAUGAAAUAGCACUUCCAUAUAGUCUGUAAGAAAGGGAAUAAUCAUCACGAAUAAAGACAUACUCCAGUUUGUAACAUGAAAAAGUGAUUCAAUUUAGAAUGACUGAUUUGGAUGAUUAUCUGAAAUACAUAAUGUAAAUAAAUAUUAUCUAAGAACUGUUGCAGGUACUUUUAUGUUUCACUGAUUAGUAUACAACAGUACUAUGUGUGUAUCUGUUUUUUUUUUUUCCUACCAAAAACUAACAAAAAAAAAAAAGAAGAAAAUGUCUGCCUUUCACACAAAAAGUGGACCAUAUGUUUCUUUUGAAUUUGAAUAUUUCAUGUUUAAGCUAUUAAAAGGAGCAAUGUGUAAGCAAAUGCACUUAUUCGUG